UGCACUUGAGGUCACCACUGUUCUAGCUCGGCAGGUGGAAGGCUCUGACUUGUCCCCCUGGCUCGACUGAACACCCCCACUCUCCAUCCUUCUUCAUCCUCCUUUCUCCAACCCCUGGACACUACUAGCAGAGACCCUAGCACCUCAAAGAAUUCAGCAACAUGGAUAAGUACGACGACCUGGGCCUGGAGGCCAGCAAGUUCAUCGAAGAUUUGAACAUGUACGAGGCCUCCAAGGAUGGACUUUUCCGCGUGGACAAGGGCGCAGGCAACAACCCUGAGUUUGAGGAGACACGCAGGGUGUUUGCCACCAAGAUGGCCAAAAUCCAUCGGCAGCAGCAACAGCUCUUGCAGGACAGUCUUCCUCGGGGGGCCCGGGGCCCCAUCAAUGGUGGGAGCUUCGGCGUGGGCAGCAGACCUGCUCUGGACGGUGCAGCCAAGCCCCCUCUGGCCACCUCCACCGGGCCACCUGCCUCCUUGGUGACAGCCACUGCCUCGCACCCAGCCCAGGAACAGAGGGCCCGGCCGUACCUUCGGGGUGCCCGGCUGGGCAGCCAGAGCCAGGAUUGUGCUUCCCAGGAGGGUCCCACAGCUUUGCAACUGCCCGUCCAUCGCCAAGGCUCCUGCGAGGAUCCCUCCUGCGUGACCCACGGCGACUACUAUGACAACCUCUCCUUGGCAAGCCCCAAGUGGGACGCAGAGCCCCGAGGGUCCCUUAAUGCCAGGCCAGGUGGAGGCAAUGGGUGGUCUCGCCCUGCAGGAGGUGACCUGCCCCUUCCUGCACCCCCCAGGGACCACCCUGUCUAUCAGCCACAGCCCUCUUUGGGCAAGCUACCAGGCUUUGAGAGUGGCCAGAGUGGGGGUGCGGGAGGCCUUUGGGCCACUGCGUCUUCCCAGCGAGUUAGCGCUGGCCUGUCUGUCCCAGGCCCUGCGAAUGGGGCCCUCCUUGAGCCUGCUCAACCCAGGACCCCUUCUUUCGCAGCCCCUGUAGUCCUAAGCUCUUCCACUCAAAGAGGGGUUCCACCAAUGGACUCAGGACCUCCAGGGAGGGAGGUGUCAGCUAUGAUGCCCAAAUCCGCUGUGGACCCUCCACCUUGGUUCCACGACGGGCCCAAAUCUUACCGUUCCAGCUCUCCGCCAUCCUCAAUGGUUCGAACUGACAGUCUGCAGGUGGAUGGAGCCCCCGUGCCCAGCGGCCCAGAUCCGGGCAUAGGGCCUAAGCUUGGCUCUGCCAACUUGGUCCCUUCAGUGAGGGGUACCCCGCCAGAGCUGUCUGCUAAAGAAGGCCCCCCUGGCUGGUCCCCUGAUGGCAAUUUGGGACCUGUACUCUUGGAAGGUGCCAGCCCUCCCAGGGUGAGACUGCCUUGUCAGACCCUUACCCCAGGCCCAGAGCUUGGACCCUCUGCAGCAGAAUUGAAAUUAGAAGCUAUCACCCAGCGUCUGGAGCGGGAGAUGGAUGCCCAUCCCAAGGCCGAUUACUUUGGAGCCUGUGUGAAGUGCAGUAAAGGAGUGUUUGGGGCCGGCCAGGCCUGCCAGGCCAUGGGGAGCUUGUACCACGACACCUGCUUCACCUGUGCAGCUUGCAGCCGGAAGCUGAGAGGAAAAGCCUUUUAUUUUGUCAACGGCAAGGUGUUUUGUGAGGAAGACUUCCUGUACUCUGGUUUCCAGCAGUCGGCUGACAGGUGUUUUCUCUGUGGCCAUCUGAUCAUGGACAUGAUCUUACAGGCCCUAGGGAAGUCCUACCACCCUGGCUGCUUCCGCUGUGUUGUCUGCAAUGAGUGUUUGGAUGGGGUGCCCUUCACCGUUGACUCCGAGAACAAGAUCUACUGCGUCCGGGACUACCACAAGGUGUUGGCUCCUAAGUGCGCAGCCUGUGGACUCCCCAUUCUUCCUCCAGAGGGCUCAGAUGAGACCAUUCGCGUGGUGUCCAUGGACCGAGAUUUCCACGUGCACUGCUACCACUGCGAGGACUGCGGUCUGGAGCUAAACGACGAGGAUGGCCACCGAUGCUAUCCCCUGGAGGACCACCUCUUCUGUCACUCCUGUCAUGUCAAGAGGCUGGAGAAAGGCUCCUCGCCCACAGCACAACCUCAGCACCGCUUCUAGCCCAACCAUCUCCCAUACCUCAAAGGGUACAGGGGUCGGGGGUACACAAGAAUUCUGCCCAUUAAUUCUACCCAUUAAUUCAGAAUGUGGAACUGAGGCAUGGAGA